AUGCUAUGCAGAGGGGAAAUCGUCGACGCUUGCAUCUCUAGUCUAGCAUCGUGUACGACCGCCAGAUAUCACGGCAAGGGACAACGAUGCUGCCAGGAGCACGGCUGUACAGCACGCCCAUCGUACGGCAUAGAUGGCAGCAAGAAGGCGGAGUUUUGCUCCAAGCACUCCAAGCCAGGGAUGACAAACGUCACGAAGAAGAGGUGCGGCCAUGCAGGGUGCAUCAAGCAGCCUUCAUAUGGUACACAUAGAACAGGCAGCAAGAAGGCCGAGUUUUGCUCGGAGCACUCCAAGCCGGGCAUGGUCCACGUUCGAAGCAAGAAGUGCGGUCAUCCAGGGUGCAUGAAGCAGCCAACAUACGGUAGAGCCGGCAGCAAGAAGGAGUUCUGCUCUCAACACGCGGAAGCGGGUAUGGUCGAUGUCGUGAGCAAGAGGUGCGGUCACCCGGGGUGCACGAAGUGGCCGUCGUAUGGAAAAGGUGGUAGCAAGAAGGCGGAGUUCUGUGCGCAGCAUGCGCAGCAGGGCAUGGUCGAUGUGGCGCGUAAGAAAUGCGGCCAUCCAGGGUGCACGAAGCGUCCGUCGUAUGGAAAAGACGGUAGCAAGAAGGCGGAGUUCUGUGCCCAGCAUGGGCAACAAGGCAUGGUCAAUGUGCGGCGUGUGUAUCGGGAGGAGUCGCACUAG